CCACGUGUUCUUAUACUGACGUGUUUCCGCUCCCAGCAUUCCCUGCUGUGCCCUCUGACCCCGUUUGGACUCUGAGAGACGUGGCGGAACCGGGAGCGCUGUCACCACCGAAGCAAUGGAGCUAGAAGCAAUGAGCAGAUAUACCAGCCCGGUCAAUCCGGCUGUGUUUCCGCACCUCACAGUUGUACUCCUGGCAAUCGGCAUGUUUUUCACAGCUUGGUUCUUCGUCUAUGAGGUGACGUCCACAAAAUACACAAGGGACAUAUACAAGGAGCUCCUUAUUUCAUUGGUGGCCUCGCUCUUCAUGGGUUUCGGGGUAUUGUUUCUUCUCUUGUGGGUCGGGAUCUAUGUGUGACCAUGGUGGUUCUGGAGGAAUAGAUGUUUUUCCCCUUUUUAUUUUUUAUUUUUCCAUCGCUCUGUCUUGGGACCAGUACUGGCCGUGGGUGGCGGCGUCCGCCCAGUCGUUGCACUGUCAUUUCUGCAGUGGAGAUUUUGUCUUCUCACGGUGACGCGCUCCCCAGUUACAAUAAAACACUUUAUUAUUACAUA